AUGGCAAGCGAUGACUAUAUAGGACCGAUAGACAACAACAUAAAGACAUCGAGCAAAGGAGAUCAUGAGUUCUUGGCGAAGCAGGGCACCGCACUGGAGAUGGAGAAGAUCUACAUUCUGGUACGCGGUAGUGUAAUCCUUGAAAGUAACAAGGAGAUCUCAAAGCCAAUGGAAGGCUAUACUAGACUACAGGAAUGGCUCGGUAAAGGGCUUCUCACAAGUAAUGGCGAACGUUGGCGAGCGAAAAGGAAGAUGUUGACGCCCGCUUUCCACUUCUCGAUUCUCAAGGAUUUUGUGCCCAUUUUCAACAAGGAGGCAGCGAUCCUUCUCGAGCAGUUUCGGCUCCUUUCCGAUAAGGGCUGCACGGCUGACGUUUUCCCUCUCAUCAAACUGUGCACGCUGGAU